AUGAACUUCCCUCCUGCCGGACGCGGUGGCUGCUUCAACUGCGGCGAGGCUUCUCAUCAGGCCAAGGACUGCCCCAAGAAGGGAAACCCUACCUGCUACAACUGCAACGGCCAAGGUCACUUGAGCCGUGAAUGUCAGGAACCCGCCAAGGAGAAGUCAUGCUAUCGUUGCGGCCAGACCGGACACCUUUCUCGCGAAUGCCCUCAGGGUGGUGAUGGCAACUACAGUGGUGGUGGUUCCCAGGAGUGCUACAAGUGCGGACAGGUCGGCCACAUUGCGCGCAACUGCUCUCAGGGUGGGAACUACGGCGGUGGUUACAGCACGGGCGGCUACGGUGGUGGUUUCGGUGGCCCCGGUGGUGCAGGUGGUCGCCAACAGACCUGCUACUCCUGUGGUGGCUUCGGCCACAUGGCUCGUGACUGCACUCAGGGUCAGAAGUGCUACAACUGUGGCGAAGUCGGCCACGUCUCUCGCGACUGCCCUACUGAGGCCAAGGGUGAGCGCAUGUGCUACAAGUGCAAGCAGCCCGGCCACGUUCAGUCCGCUUGCCCUAACUAA